UGGAGUGGCCGAAAGGAGGCUGGCGGAUUAAGCGCUUGAGCUGAGAGAGCUGGUCCCUCCCUAUCCUGACAGCAUCCAGCACGCGUCCCCAGCAUCACCCCGCAUCCAGCUAUCUAUCCUGUCGGACGCCGUCAGAUUCCACCUGUGAUUCUUAUCCUCAUUUGGAUCGACAUCAGUGUGGACCGGUGCUCCAGACCGGACCGGUGUCCUUUUAAACCACGAGGUGGGUGCAGCCUGCUGUCUGUCUCUGUUGUUCUUUUGCGUGGACGUCUGUGUGUGGCGAUGGAGACCCGGAUAGCAUCUUUUCAAAGAAUCAAGCAGAUUCAUUUUUUUCACCGGUCUUGAUGGUUGUGAGGACCUGUCUCCGCUCAUCCAAUCCACACACAAGAGAUGUGACAUCCAAUCACACGCUACCAUUUCUGCAUUCUGGAGCUUUUAGGACACAAGCUGCACCCAGUUAGAUGGAGGAGAAGGAGAGGAGCAGGAGUCGAUCUCCGCGACGUGUCCGUCGGGUGGAGCAAGUGGUGGGAAAAUGGCUGCGUCGCUCUCGAGACUCUCUCAGCAGGGAGCGUAUACUAGGAGGCAGGAGGUUUCGCUCUCGGGAUGCGGGUCAGCAGAACUUUCCUGUGAAGGUGACAGUGGAGGUGAACAAAGAUGCUGUGCUGGACUCCCAUGGUUUUACUCUUUCAACACAACACCCCCUGCUGGUCAGGGACAUCACUAUAGGAGGCCCAGCUGAUGGUCGCCUCAUUCCUGGAGAUCAGAUCCUGAAAGUCAACAACAAAGCCAUAGAAGAUCUUUCUCCAGAAAAUGUGGAGCAGAUGAUUAGGGAAUGCCGAGAUUCUGUAACCAUGACGAUCCUUAGAAACAUGUCGAACCCGAAGUCAUCGUUUAUCACGGCAGAGAAGAGAGCUCGAUUGAGAAGAAACCCUGUUAAAGUGCGCUUUGCAGAAGAGGUGGUUGUAAACGGUCACACUCAGGGAAACUCUCUUCUCUUCCUGCCCAAUGUUCUGAAGGUGUACCUGGAGAACGGCCAAACCAAAGCCUUCAAAUUUCACAGGACCACUACUGUCAAGGAUAUAGUGUUAACUCUAAGAGAGAAGUUGUCCAUUCGUGUUAUCGAGCAUUUCUCACUGGUCCUGGAACAGCAGUAUAACAUCACAAAACUACUCUUACUGCAUGAGGACGAGCUUAUACAGAAGGUGGUGCAGAAGAAGGACUCCCAUGAUUACAGGUGUCUGUUCAGAGUCUGUUUCAUCCCCAGAGAUCCGGUGGACCUUCUGCAUGACGACCCUGUGGCCUUCGAGUAUCUUUUCCAACAGAGUGUGGGAGAUGUGUUACAGGAACGCUACGCUGUUGAGAUGAAAUGCAACACGGCGCUGAGACUCGCAGCGCUGCACAUUCAUGAGAAAAUGGCGAGCUGCGGACAAACCACGAGAGCAUCUGUCAAAAGCAUCCUUAAAGAGUUUGGUAUAGAAAGUUUCAUCUCUCCCACACUACUGAGAAAUAUGAGAGACAAAGACCUGCGCAAAGCUCUCAACCAUCACAUGAAGAAGAUCCAGUCGCUGCUUGAACCGCGUCAGAAGGUGAUUUCUGUGUCUCAGGCCCGUUUGGCUUAUCUGACCCAGAUGGCUGAGCUGAUGUCAUACAGCGGGAGAACCUACAGCGUCACCAUGCUGUUGCAGGACAGAGAGACAUUGGUGAGUUUGCUGGUGGGAGCAAGAUACGGUAUCAGCCAAAUACUGAACCACCAGCUUAACAUGAUCUCAACCAUCAUAGACUUCCACUACAUCACCCGAAUAGAGGUGCUGUCGGAGUCCGACAGGAUCAGCAUGGUCAAGAUUUACCUGCAGGACAUUCAGCCUAUGGCAUUACUAAUGGAAUCGGUGGGAGCUAAAGAUUUGGCCUGUCUGCUGGCUGGAUACUGUAAACUAAUGGUGGACCCCAACAUCAAUGUGUUUCGCUGGGGACCAAGGCCUAAAAUGAGACGCAUUCCAGCAGAAGAAGGAUAUGUUUCUCGGUGCGGCAGCGAUUCGGAAGACAGUUCGGAAGAUGAUUACGUCAUGGAGGCUCUGCUGGACACUCCGGUUUCAGAAGACACGAUCUCUAAUCAAACUGACGGCACGGAGGAAGGAGAAGAAGAGCAUUGUAAAACUGCAGCUGAGGCAGACAGGGUGAGAGUGAUUGUUACGCAUGAGUAUUUGGAUGAUGAAGGAGAGGAGGCAGGAAAGAGCGAGUCCGUCAUGGACGAGGAUUUCACACUUUUGGAGACGGGCUGGUACACGGACCCUCGUGUCAACAGCAGCUUUUCCAGUUUGUCCAGUAACUCGCUGAAUGCACUUGAGGAAAGUAUCAAGGCGGCCAUCGGUGGACUGGGUCAGAAAGACGAUAAGCCCAGUUCUGUUCUUGGUUCUGGGACGUCUGUGGAUGUCCAUCAUCCGUACCUGCUGCCAGAGCGUUUGGAUCAAAGAGGCAAUUUAAACAAACCUGUACGACCUUCUGUCCUGUCCUGUAAUAAUCAAUCAGGUCUACACUUUAGAGAGCUCUCGCAAAUGUCCGACAGCUUGCUAAGCCCGCCUGCGGCCAGCGAUGAUGCGUUGAGCGAUGAAGAAGAUGAGGAAGAAGGAGAGAGUCGAUUUUCCAGCAUGUCAGCAGAAUUUGAGGCCGUGUUGUCGUCUUGCAGUGCUAAUAGCAUAAAUGCUAAAUUAGCAGGGGUGAAUUUUCAAGCACUUUUCUCCAGGAUUCAUAGCCAGGGAGACCGCUUUGUGAACAACCAGAGAAAUGAAACUAAACAACAGAGACUUUUACAGAUACGAUCCGGGUCAUCAAACGUCAAAGUAAAAGACGCUAGAGCAAAUGGCUCGGAUUCAGAUGAUGAAUUUUUUGAUGCUCAAGAUCGAUUUACCCCUCCCAUAACAGAGCUACGCCCCACAGAUAAACAUUAUGAUUUAGAGAACAAACUAAAUGCUGUCUGCGACUUCAAAGUGAGAGUGGAGGUUCACGAACCCAGAAAGAGAAAUGAAGAGGAAAAAAGAGCGGAAAGCACCUCGCUAACUUAUACAGACAACAUCAAUGAGAAACCUUCUAUUUCGAACCAUAACACUCCUAACAACACUAAAGCGGAGGUCCAUCAACCCUCACUGAUUUUACCUCCUAAACCUGCACCUGUGGAAACUAAACCUUUCUCUGCUAACCAGUCUUCAGGUCAGAAAGCCCAGCACAGCAAUGGUGACAUCUCUGGCCGAAAUGCUCGUCUGUCAUCACAACUUCUAGAGAUGGAGCCAGACACUAUGGAGUUUAAACCAGUCACUGGACGUAAGCCAUCAAUGUCGUCUUCCCUAAUUACAGCAGUACGCCAAGCUCCACAGAAUACAGUAGACUCAGAGACUCUUUACAAUGGGUCCAAACCUCAAAAUGGGAUAUUUGACCAUGACAUAGUAUGUUUGGAAAAGACACCAAAUCAUGGGCAUUUAGAAGGACAUGAUACUCAAGACAUUAAGCCAGCUCAGAAAGAGACAAAAACUACCAAAGGACUGAUUCAACCUGGAAACAUUACAGCAGACAAUGAAACCAGUAAACCAGAAAACAGACUAUCCCACAAGCCCCCAAUACCUCCCAAACCUUCAGCGAUUAUUUUACAGUCAAGACCUAUUUCAAUUGACGCCCCAUCACAAAAACCUGAAGCCAAGAAAAACAUUCCCCCUAAUGGUCUUUCUCUUCAUUCCUGGUCUCAGAGAAAUGGUACCUCCCCAUCUGGUACACUAAGCAAGGGUGUUUCUCAAAGUCAUGAAAACCUAAGAACUGAACAACAGACUGAAAUUUUUGCAGUCAAAGCAACGAGUGCAUCAAACACACCUACCCCUUCUCCCUUACCUUCUCCUUCAGUUCAGUCCGUAAGUAUUGUACCUGAAGAUCCGGCCCAAAUUGGGACUUGCUUCCCCAACAGAACAGGCCUGUCUGGACGACUUCCGGCCUCAGCCUUGCGUGGAAAAAUUCAGGAUAUGCCUUGGUACCUCACUCGUUCCCAAGAGAUCUUGGGGACAGUAGCACUCAGCAACACUAUUUCAUCUACAGGCAUGAGUUCCACUCAUGCAACAGAUGGGAAUCACGAAUCUAAGAAAGUUUCCCCUAAAGCCACUUCAGUGCCAUCUUUAAGUGACUGGAAAGAGAAAGACGCUGAAGUUGUUAUCGUGAAACUCAAAGAUGGACCAGAGGAAGUGACCCCCAUUCCUGUUAAAGACACCAAUGGUAAACCACCAGCAUCAUUGAGCCAUUCUAACCUAAAGCAGGAAUUAUCUGCAGAAGCCAUCGAGUUGCACAAGCAUUUUGGGACUUGCAAGUCCGAACAACCUCAGUCACAGAAAGGAAACCCUCCAGAGAUGAGACUCGACAAUGCCCCUGCUCUUUCUUCUACAAAUCUUUCUCAUCUAGAUGUGUGUGGUUGCCAUACAGUCUACGCCAACUGUUUCAGUGCAGAUAUAGAGGAUAAUUGUGGCUUCGAUGACAAUCUGACCGUGUAUGAGUUCUCCUGUCGAAACCGGAUCAGUCAAGCCCCCCAACCCGCACCAAUUCCACCCACUUCUCUUGCUGCUCCUUCUCCAAAUCUCCUGUCCCUUCUUAAAGACUCACCUCGUCCCCUCUCCAUGUCUUCUGAGCUCAGUCCACUCUUGAUCCCACCCAGGCCCCUGGAGUCUCUGGACCACAGAUCCAUAGAUAAUCCGCUCCGCUUCUUGCAGGGCCAUCGUUAUAUUAGCGGCCAAAAAGGCGCAGGGCUCAAAGAUGGCUAUGCUUCAUUGCAGCGAGAUAUCGAUGAUCUACUUUUAGUGUUGAAGAGAGGACCGUCUUCAGUAUACCCUCCGAGCCACAAGGGAAAGUGUGAAAAUGGAAAUGGUAUGAUUGGGCAGUCCAUUUCAGAGACAGAGAGAUGCCUGGUCCAGGCAGAGGCACGUAGGUUGGCAUCGGGAUGCCAGAAGGCCACUAGAGUAGGUUGGGCACCUGAUGAUGCUCUUCUGUCACUCGGAAACAGCUUUGGUGCACUGGUGCAACUAGCCUCCACCUGCAUGCGAGUUCCCUGUUCGGACUGUGGAGGUUGUCACGGUGAUAUCGAUGCGGACGAGGCACUCGGGAAGCUUGAGGAGAUUGUGGACCUAUAUAAGGAGUUUGUGGCCGCCGUACAAACGGCAAGAGAGGGUGAAGGUGUUAGACUGUUGGCCAAACAGUGUACGGUUCUCAUUUCUACAGUCUUCUCUCUCACACAGCUGUUUAGGACACGGACGCCAGAUAUAGACAAUGGAAACGUACCUCUGACUUUUUGAACUUUUCAGCUUCCUCUAAUGGACCGUAAAGUGAGAGAAUAGUCUAGAAUUGUACUUUAAAAGUAGCGAUGCCGUUUUGGCAUAUAAAAACAGAUUGUGUGCUGGCACACAAGAAUAAUUGUAAGUGCCGUGAGCAACGCACACAUCUAACAAACUGACACGAGAGAUCUGAUAUGUGUUAACUUGUUUGUCUUGCCAAGUCUCCAUAUAAACGUACUGGAAUUAUGCAUUCAAACAUAACUAUUUUCUAACAGUUCUUGAAGUCCUGAUGUAUGUACAGUCGGUCGUAUGUAUUUAUUUUUACAUACAGUAUAUGCGCACCAUGGUUUCUAACCUGCUAUACCUGCAUUUUGUUUUUGUGUUUGUUUGUUUGUUGGUGUAUGUGAAAUCCCUACCUCUUGCUCUAAUAACCUGAAACCUGAUAUAAACAGUGUUAUUAAGCUUCACUUGUUUUUAUGUUUAGUUUAGUGCUGCUCUGUACUUAAUCCCUGAUAACCUGUACAAACAAUUCUGGGCAAUUCUGGGGCUACAACACUAAACACCCAAAAUACUCAUGCAGUAAUUUUUACAAAACUAUCCAAAGGAUACUGAUGUGAUUUUGUCUGCGUUACGCGUCAAGACUUCAGAAAGAAAUCAGAUGGCAAUAGAAGUGGGGCUGUAUGGGAUUUUUUGUACCCAUGUGUUGGUGUGUCCAGUUGGGCUUCUGAUGUUUGUUUUUAUAUUUGCUGACUGUUAACCACAGAACCAGUGUGGUCCAAAGACGCAAUAGCACAACUUGGGCGUGUUUACACAACAGCGUUGUCACCAUGUAGCACCCUGUAACCGAUCCCAACGAUAUUCACACAGUUUCUAACUUGUCCUUUGUUUUUGACUAUGCAAGUGUCACGAUUUAUAUCUAUAUAUAUUUUUCACAUAUUUCACACUUUCUUACAUUUUAUACAUAUCAAAUGUAUUUUUUGUUGUGGAUCACUAAUAUCUUUGCUUUAGAGGACUUCCCUGACAAACCUAGGCCUUAUAUUUUAUCUUGGAGGACCUUUACAACAUUUUGUUAAAUGACAUCAUUAUGGAAAUGCAGCAUAUUUUUUAACAUUAUUUGGCUUUUAUUUGAGUUAGGUUGAAACAUUUUUCCUGACACUUCUAUCAAUGAUGUACAGCACCAAAUCUAGUGUACUAUAAAUAUCUUUGAGGAAGAGGAUCCUAGCACGAUUUCACAUUUAGCUCUUUUUCAUCGUUGUGCUAAACCCAUUCUAAUGUGGCGUACACACCAAAUGUGAAUUUAACGAUUUGCGUGAGUCGAUUACAUACAAAGUCAAUGCAAAGACGUGAACUCUCGCAGGGCGAUCCGAAUGGCGUGAAUUGCGCGGUGUAAUUUCCGCGGAAACAAUCGUUAUUUGUCUCAAACGCGUCUUUGUGCAAGUUGAAAAUAUUCAACUUAAGCGAAAAAUGACCAUGACACGAAGUUAAAUUCUGCGAGUAAUCUAGAGCGAGGAACGUGAUAAGAACGGUAUGGGAUGGUUACAGUUAUGUUUCCACUUGAAGCACUGCAUGAUUACAAACCGUUCCCAGCAAGCAAUUCUCAGUGUGGUUAUCAAACCAAAUCGUGCUGAUAGAAUUUGUGUAGUGACGUCGCCGCUCACGAUUGGUUACUCGUCUGUUGCCUGGCCAUAAGUUUCUGCCUGUAGCUGGUAAAGCACGUUGUUUGAGCAAAGUAAACAGUUCAGGGAAAAGUAGUCCUAAAAACAUAACUAUGAAAACCCUUUUUAAAUCUCAUGCCGUCUGUAAACUCUUCUUACCAAGGCAACGACUGACGCAUUUGUAUUUCAUUUCAAGGGAUGCUAUUAUCAGCCCCACAGUGGAAAAUGAGACCAUGGGCCUCAUUUAUAAAAUGCUGCGUUAAAACCAUCCUACAUUUGAUCUUACGAUCAUUUAUCAAAAAUGCGUACUUGUGAUUUAUAAACGCAGAAAACGUGCGUACCCCUUUCAUAAAUGGCAAAUGAACUUAAACUUGUGCGCAGCCGAGCAGUUACAGAUCUCAGUUUAUUAAACGAUGCCUAAUUAAUGUCAUAGACAUAUAAAAGAGCGCUUCUCAAUGUUUAAACCCAAUUUCGAGCAGCAAGAAUGGCUUAUUUCCAAAAACCUGCAGCAAUCAGACAAGCAAAAGUGCGUACGUCUGCUCAGACCCUGACGUUGUGCUAAGCACUUUUUUGUUUAUGCACACUUUACGAUCAAAUCUGUGCGUACGCACGCUUUAUAAAUGAGGCCCCAUGUCUUUGCCGGAUUGGUCACGGAACGGAAUAGAACAGUUAGGCUGGCCACACACGUGAAGAUUUUAAGCCUGAUUUACACCCUUUGCAAUCGAAAGAGGGGCGUGGCCCGAUUAGUUUAAUCGCAAUCGCUUUUUCAACAAAAAAAGACUCUGAUGUGUGGUGUCAUUGCGGAUUUUUUGCUGCUCCUGAUCACGUUGGAGCCUCCCAAUCCCAAAUCGUAAAAAUCAAACAUGUUUCCUUACGUUUGUGGUCGUCCAUGGAUUUAAGAUUAGAAAAACUUCUAGUUUGUCCCAGGUCGUACACAAUGAGAACAGUUUGGCACGGCGGUGGAAAAGUAGCUAAUUUUUUCCGAAAAUUUCUUGUAACGCAACACAACUUGCCUUGCAUUCUUAGCAUCACCAGAGGGGGUGCUAUUUUAUGCAUUAGCAUAAACUGACUUCUUUGAUUAGUUUCUCUAGCAGGUUGACUAGUGUUAUGGCAGAAAAACAAUUUCAAGAGAAUUUUACUGAGCAAGUUAAACUGUCAAACUAGCAGAACGAAAAUAUCUGGUUAAAUUUACAGACAUGUGAAGAGGUUCGAUUGCCUCACAUUACUUUCAAAGUAAUGUAAAACGUAUAUGUAGUCCUGCCUGUAAGAUAACAUUGCAACGGUUUCGGGUUCACAUCAAAGUGUUUCUAACAUAAGAAUUCCAGACGAUUUGUCAACAAAAACAUAUGAAGUGAGGAGAUCCCAUAUAUUAAAGCAAAUACAGUAAGAAUCUGUUUGAAUUUAGCUCCCUGACCCUAGACCAGUAUUUGACAGUUUUUGCUGCAGCAGUCAAGGCUGUUCCUAGAUCAGGUUUUAAAGGUUCCCACAAAGUAUACAGUAUAAUUAAAUCACUUGAAGUCAAUGGACGGAUUAUGACAUCAUCUUUGUUCGCUUCUGAGUUACUUGAAAUUGGAGAAGUGCUUCCAGAUGGCUGCAGUAUCACUUAUAUAGACACCAACUUCAACACACACUGCCAUACUGUGCUUAUCUAGUCAGUGAGAUCACACAUAGCUAGUUUGUAUCAAGGAUACCAACAGUAGUAGAGAAGAAAGACACUCUUAACACAGUAACUUGUAUAUGUGUAGUAUUUCUUUUUACAAGCGACUCUUCCCAGGAACAAUUUUCAUAUUAAUCUGUCAGAGAACGAACAUAUUUCUGUAUAAAACUUACUGUAGUAUGAAGGCUCUCAGACUGAGAUCAAAUGAACUGCAAUGGCAACUGUAGCAAAUAUGAAACAAACUGCUUGUUGUGGAGCGUAUGUAUUGAGACUCUACUGUACGCAGACAUUUCAAGGCGAACAGAUAAAGUUUGAUUACGGCUGUAUGUGAAUGUGAAGAGGAUAACAAUUGAGAAUAUGUUUUGCAUUUCUUCUACUGUGUUCAUGAUAAUAAAAGUUUGAUUUUGAAUGACAGUUAAUGGUGAA